UAAAUCACGGUCACGGACGCCCAGGGUAAGUACGUCGUCGCCGCCGUGCUGAUCGAUUCAUCACGUAGCUAGCUAGGUUUCGACUUUGAUUGAACGACCAUGGCGCCUUCGUCGUCGUCCCCCGCGGCCACCGCCGAAGCCGACUCCCCGAUCGUCCACGUCGCCUUCAGCAGCGGCGCAUCCCACUUCGUCGCGUCCACGGCCACCGGGUUCCACGUCUUCUCCUGCGACGAGAAGGUCGAGCGUGUCCACUACAAGUCCGACGCCGUCGCCUCGCCCGGCGUCGUCGUGACCUCCGCCGGGCUGUUAACGCGAUCGCGCGUGGCCGUUGUGACCCGGACGACAGGCGCCGUCGAGGGCGCAGCCGAGCACCACGCGAUCUACUUCUGGGACGAGGAGAGCAAGCCCGGCAGCGUCGACGUGCACGCGCACGCGUCCAGCCUGUCGUGCAUCGCGCUCUCCCGCGACGGCCGGCUGCUCGCCACAGCCGGAUCAAAGGGCACGCUCGUGCGCAUCUUCACCACCGACGACGGCGCCAUGGUCCAAGAGCUAAGGAGAGGCAUCGAUAGAGCAGACAUCCACUGCAUCACCUUCUCGCCGGACUCCAGAUGGUUGGCCGUUUCCAGCGACAAGGGGACGGUCCACGUUUUCCCCGUCGCCAGCGUCGACAAAGCAACCUCGACAACGGAGGGCGGCGACGGCAAUGCCCUCCCGGUGGCCCCGUCACGAGCAGCGGCGUCUCCUCCUGCACCGGCAGCAGCCAAGCAGGGAUCAUUACUGCCAUCGUUCUUGAAAGGUUACUUGCCGAGUUACUUCAGCUCAGAGUGGUCUCUGGCGCAGGUCCGGCUCCGUGAGGGCGUCGAGUACGCGGUGGAGUUCUGCCGGCAGCACGCCAACAUCAUCCUCAUCGUCGGCACGGACGGAAGCUUCUACCGGUGCGGUUUCGACCCCUUGAACACCGGCGAGAUGAAGCAGCUGGAGCACAGGAGAUUCAUGAAGACCAAGGAGUCCGAGGACAGUCAGAGAGUCCAGUCUGAGACUUAGCCAGUUCACAAUUAGACGAUGUACAAUGCAAUUCUUGUUUCUAUAGUAGAUCCAGUGGCGGAGCUUGGCCCAGAAAACUGGGCGGGCCGACAGUAGGAAAGAACUAUUGGGAUGGUGUUUCAUGGCCCAAAAGUAAGUAUACACUACAGAAAAAUCGAAUGGGCUGGGCGGGCCACGGCCCAUUCGGCCUUGCUGUAGCUCCGCCACUGAGUAGAUCCCUGGUGAUGUGCCCUGUCCUUCCUGAUGUAAUGUAGGGGAGGUUUUGAGUUCGUCUAGUCUUUUUAGCAGCAGUAGUAGUAGAUGGACUCAUGCUCUUGUAAGAUUGAACGGCUUUGGUUUUUCUUUAAUGGAAAUCAG